AUGGGCCCAGUUCACUCCGCGUACAACUAUGUCUUCCCGCCCGAUCCAGUGGAGAUUUAUAACCCGGGGCUCGAAGAUCGCAUCAGCCACGCCAACGAUGCUGUGGAAAGCGCUUUCCAAGACAUGUCCCAGACCUUUGCUCAAAUGAAGUCUGUCAUGCAGAAAACCCAGACGGACUGGGAAAAGUACUCGACGCCCUUGUCAAACUCGUGCCAAGACAUUCGCAAGGAGCUGGUCCGAUUAGCCCAUGGCAGUCCACAAUGUCUUGAUGCGCAGGAGCGCAUUCUGCCUUUGCUCUUUAAGAAGCGUGCAAAGACCGGUGAGGAAAUCAAGGGCUGUGCUCGCGGUGACCUGCCGUUCGCAAUGGUGCCUUCGACCUGCCAAUGUAUUGCAGGGAACGAGGCCAAGGGUUGCGACGCUGAGGUGGACUCUGAUCAUGUGCUCCAGUGUACCCACUUGCGGCGAAGGAUUCUUCCUGCUUUGCAGCUCCAGCAGCUCUACGAGGGAGAUGGUGAUUGCAGUGUCUCCGAAGAUGCCUCUUUCAACAAGGCACUGCUCCAAGAUGGUCAGCCCGGAGAUUUUCAGGUGGUACAUGCAUCAAUGCCAGUGAUAGCCUGCUUUCAUCAGGAGCCUUCGUGCUGCUCCCAGCGAAGGGGAGCCUUUCUGUGA